CGAGAACCCCUUCAGGAUGAGAUUCAACGCUAAAUCAGCAGGGAGCGGAUGUCACUUCUUCCAGCCGAAACGCGUAAACCGCCUCGGCGGCCGCUCGAUGCCAUCUGGCCCCGGCAUCAUCCAAAACCGACCCACCCUCUCAUCUCACAUCGCCCCACCAAACACCAACAUCGCCAUAACCCAUCCGUGCCUAAACGCAAACGAGAAAGACAACUGGCAGUCCAGUCCUUUUCGUUUUCCCCUUGCUUCAAUCUCCAUCACUCAAAUCCUUGCUCUUGCCUAUUCACAACUCCUCGUAUCGUCGGUCACUUCACUGUCCAGUUGUUGAAACUGUGGAAGAAAUUCAGAGAGCUUCUGUAGAGAGAGAGAGAGAGAGAGAGAGAGAGAGAGAGAGAGAGAGAGGGAGGGAAUGGGGACUGGUGCAUCGAGAAACGCAGACAGUAGCUCUCAUGGCAUCGACGAGAGAGAAGAGAAUCUGGACCAAGCUGGCGGCCAACUUUACGUCUCUCUCGAAAUGGAGAACAAUUACAAGCUCAAAGCCGAACUCACGCCUCAUGUCUACGGCUCCGUCCCUCUCGUCGGCUCCUGGGACUCUUCCAAGGCCCUUUCAAUGGAGCGAGAAUCGGCCUCAAUGUGGGAGUUGAGCUUUGUCGUCCCACCUAAUCACGAGACGUUGGAUUUCAAAUUCCUUCUGAAGCCGAAGGACAACAAUUCGCCGUGCAUAGUUGAGGAGGGUCCCAAUCGGCAGCUCACUGGGGGGGCCUUGCAAGGCGAUGCAAGGUCGGCUUUAUUUAGGCUGAAUGGGGAAGAGUUCAUUGAGUAUCAGGUUUUUAUAAAGGCCGAUAGGGUUUCGCCAUUUGAUCUUGCGGCUAGUUGGAGGGCAUAUCUGGAGAACCUCCAGCCUUCCACUGUGCGGGGGAUUCCUGAUGUUAGCAUAAAUUCAGGACCUCAGGCAGGCGCUGAGAAUGGCUCUUCGGUGAGUUUGGAGCUUGAUCUUGAACAUUAUGUUGUCCCAGCACCCUCAACGUCUGCAAACUCAGGUUUGGUUUAUGCUGCUAACAUGACAGAAACUCCGAGGUUGUUGACUCGUACUGGGGUAUUUUCCAAUUUUGAGGGCUCAAGCAUUGCUUCACAAUCCAAGGAUGGUGGUGUUUCUUCUGAUCGACCUGCGACCGUAAAGGAGAUGGAGGCCAUGGUUUCAGAUUCUUCUACAGUUUAUUCAGGCUUUGACAUGGUUGAAUCAAAGGCAGCAGGACCGUAUUCACCUUUGCAAAAGCAAGAUGGUCACAGGGGUCUCUUCGUGGAUAGGGGCGUUGGAUCUCCCAGGCUAGUUAAGUCGGGUAGUGCAGCUACUUUCAGUAUUGAUCUGAAACUGGAUUCUGAAACUAAGAAUGCAAUGCCAGCUGCUGCUGGAGCUGUAGCAGCUGCUGCUGUAGCUGAUCAAAUGCUUGGACCAAAGGAGGACAGACAUCUGGCUAUUGUCCUAGUUGGCUUGCCAGCACGAGGAAAGACUUUCACUGCUGCUAAGCUUACAAGAUAUCUUCGCUGGCUGGGUCAUGACACAAAACACUUCAAUGUUGGAAAGUAUCGGCGGCUCAAGCAUGGAACUAAUCAGUCUGCUGAUUUUUUCCGAGGUGACAAUCCAGAAGGUAUGGAGGCGCGCAAUGAGGUAGCAGCUCUGGCAAUGGAUGAUAUGAUAGCUUGGAUGCAGGAAGGCGGCCAGGUGGGGAUAUUUGAUGCCACAAACAGCACCAGCAAACGGAGAAAUAUGCUUAUGAAAAUGGCUGAAGGAAAAUGCAAGAUUAUCUUUUUGGAGACGAUAUGCAAUGAUGAACGCAUCAUUGAAAGAAAUAUACGUCUUAAAAUCCAGCAAAGCCCUGAUUAUGCCGAAGAGCCAGACUUUGAAGCUGGAUAUCGAGACUUCAAAAAGCGACUAGAAAAUUAUGAGAAAGUUUAUGAGCCAGUUGAAGAAGGGUCAUACAUUAAAAUGAUUGAUAUGGUCAGUGGCCAAGGUGGACAAAUACAAGUAAACAAUAUUAGUGGCUAUCUUCCUGGAAGGAUUGUUUUCUUCUUGGUGAAUACACAUCUCACACCCCGUCCAAUUUUACUUACAAGGCAUGGAGAAAGUCGAGAUAAUGUUAGAGGCAGAAUUGGGGGUGACUCUAGUUUGAGUGAUACUGGAGAGACUUAUGCAAAGAAACUUGCUAAUUUUGUGGAAAAGCGACUGAAAAAUGAACGGGCUGCUUCUAUAUGGACUAGCACAUUGCAGAGAACAAUUCUGACAGCAAAUUCAAUUGUUGGAUUCCCAAAGAUACAAUGGCGUGCCCUAGAUGAGAUAAAUGCUGGAGUAUGUGAUGGAAUGACAUAUGAGGAAAUAAAGAAGAACAUGCCUGAGGAGUAUGAGUCACGUAGAAAGGACAAGUUGAGGUAUCGGUAUCCUCGUGGAGAAUCGUAUCUGGAUGUAAUCCAAAGGCUGGAGCCAGUAAUCAUUGAGCUUGAGAGACAGCGUGCCCCUGUUGUGGUUAUAUCUCACCAGGCGGUAUUGAGGGCACUGUAUGCUUAUUUUGCUGACAGGCCUUUGAAAGAAGUUCCACAUAUUGAGAUGCCACUUCACACAAUUAUAGAGAUACAAAUGGGUGUUACUGGUGUCCAAGAGAAAAGGUACAAACUCAUGGACUGAACUUUACAAAUGUGUAAGUUGCUAACUGGAACUACGAAGGCUUAUUCAUCAUUCGAGUUAAUUUUCCUUCAUUAACGUGGUGUGAUAAUAGCAGGAAUCUGUCACUUGUAAGAUCAAUGAUCAAUCAUCAAUCAAAUUCUUUUC